AUGGUAAGUUUCAUCGUCUUCAUAUUUAUUUCUACAAUGCCCCUAGUGUUUGUAAAUAGGCAUGGAAGCUGGAUAACGCAUUCCGAUUCAUUUUUUUCUGCCAAGGUUGGGUAAUUUGGGCAUGUCUCCAUGUAUUUUUUUAUUCAACUGAUUCUUUAUUCGUGGAGAUCAACGGCGCAUUCUCUCAGAAAAUGAAGAUGUAG